GCGUACAACAAAUGCAAAACUGUUCAAACCAUUGUUGUAAAUGGUUUCCAGGGCUGCUGUGUUGGCUGGGAUCUGGCACACGCAGUUGGAAAUGUGGAGCUAGCUCUACAUGAUUGGGGAGUUGACUUUGCAUGUUGGUGCACCUACAAGUACCUUAACUCGGGACCCGGAAGUGUUGCUGGUUUCUUUGUACAUCAAAACCAUGCCAGGGCACCACAGCUUUCGAGGCUCAUUGGCUGGUGGGCACAUGACAGAGAUUCCCGUUUGAAGAUGGACAAUGUUUUAGAAUUGCAAGCUGGAGCAAAAGGCUUCCAACUGUCUAAUCCCCCAGUUCUCGAGUGCUGUUGCCUCCAGGCAAGUCUUGCUGUGUUUGAGCAGACGUCUCUGAAACAGCUGGUGCAGAAGUCACGACUGCUGACUGGCUAUCUCGAACUGUUGCUGGAAGAGAGCCUUAGUAGCAAGAAGGGAGAGACUAUUUCAAAAUCUCGGGUUGAUGUAGUGACAUCCAGUGACCUAGCACGUCGAGGGAAUCAGGUCUCUCUUCACUUCAAGACACACUCAGUAUCGGAAAUCCAUGACUAUAUGAAUGAACGUGGCGUUGUGGUUGAUGUGAGGGGUCCUCUGAUGAGAGUGGCACCAGCACCUCUAUACAACUCGUUCAGUGAUGUACUCAAAUUUCACUGUAUCUUAAAACAGGCAAUGUAUUAGUGUCUCGAGUAAAAGUUCUGUCUCCAAAUUUGUUAACACUUUAAUGUGAGACACUGCAUGACAAAUUUGUGAACUUUUCAAUAAAGGAAACCUAACCUCUAAUUUGUUACACACUGACCCAAAUUAAUGGGCACUUCCUACUGCAAUAUUUGUCACCGUUCACAAUUUGCAGUGUGGAUAUUUUAUUACAUUAAAUGUGGACA